AUACAAAUGGUUUUGUGUUGCAUUUACUUUAUGAAGUAAUCACAAUACUUUGUGGAAUGGCCACGAAGCAUUAUGAUUUGAUGGUUGAUUGCUACGCCUGAAAGCAGUUCGGAAAAAAGGAGAACUGUUGAUUAAAGAUUGUAAAGAUAGAUCAAGAGAAAUGGUUGAGCCUGGUUCAGAUUUGGUGGCAGUUUGGGAGGUUCAGCUUCCAGAUGGUAUUCAUCUUAUUCAGUUUGAACAUGGAACCACAUCAGGGAAACGGAUUCUUUGGAUAGAUAGAAAGGAAGUUAUGCGGAGAGACUGGAUGUUUAAGCUUGUAGGAACUGAAACCUUUACUCUGGGUAAGAGUAAUUCACCCUGCUCUAUCAAGAUAGAACCUGUUGGAGGGUUUAACUACCAAUAUAGUUUAGAGGUGGCUGGUAAACCCUACAAGAAGUUUUUAGAAAACCAGACAAAGAUUAUGAAAACAUGGAUACUACCAGUAGACGGGAACAUGUACAGAAUUGUUUUGGAAAAAGACACACUGGACAUCUGGGUUAAUGGGACUAAGGUUGAGAUGGCUGGGGAGUUUACUGAUGAUGGAACUGAAACUCAUUUCACGAUAGGCAAUGAGCCAGCUUGUGUCAGAGCUAUUAGUUCAGGGCACAAGAGAGGAGGAAUCAUUCACAGUCUGUGGGUGCAUGAUGUCGAAGUUCCUGAGUACACGGAGUAGAAUUAGAUGUUUAGCAAACCAGAGCUGCAUGAAUGUUAAUGAUGCUGAACAGUGAGAAAGGGUUUAAGAAUAAACUAAACUUAAAGGAUCGGAAAGUAAUAUUUGUUCACUUAAAAUCCGAUUUUUUUAUUAUUUAAAUCUGAUAAAAACCAUCUUUCAAGUGUAAUUUUAACUGUUCCAGUAUUAUAUAAUAAUGAACUUAUUGUAGAAAAAUAUUUUUUUCUCUGAGUAUCAAAAUGGUAGAUUAUACUUUUUAAAACUUAUAAUGACUUGGUAUGCCUUGAUGAAAUCAUUUUAGCUAUGUCUAUCAUUCAGUUUUAUCAUUGUGAUUUAAUUAUCUUUCAUUUAGUUAAAAUAAUUAUAUAUUUUUUAUUAAUUAGUUAAAUCUGUUAACCCAUUCUUUAGUCACCAAUUAUGUUUUUUUUCUGCUGUUUCUUAAAUAACUAUUUUACCUCUUUUUAAUCCUACAAAAUUGAUUUUGAUAAUCAUUAUAUUAAUUAAUUUACUGUUCAUUUUUUGCUAUCUGUUCAAUAUUUAACAUACAAAGUAAUAAAAAACGCACAAAAAUGUUGGCAAAAAUAUAUUGGUUCUUAUUUGUCAUAAAAAUGAGUAAUCAUAAUACAUUCUGCUUUUUUGAAAUCGCACAAUUAAUGAAAACAUGAUUUUUUUGUUGUCAAGUCCAUUCCGCGUUUUAAAUGUUUGUGUUUACUGAAUACCAGAUUCCUAAAAAUACGUUUAUUGAUCCAAUCUUAUUUCUGCAGAUGCAUGGAAUAAUUUUGCUUACAAAUAUGAUUUUCUUUAUACAUAAUCAUAUUUUUAGAUUAGUAAUUGAAGACUGAGUAGUGUACACUUGCCUCAAACUCAAAUUUGCCAACCCUGCAAUUGUCUCUCUGAAAUAAGCAUGUAGAUUUCAAAGAAGUAGGGAUGAGAAAAAUAUAGUUUAAUUGGCAAUAUUAGGUGUAUCAUAAGCACAUGUUUUACGGUCAUCACUGUAUUCUCGUUUUCAAUGUUUCAAAUAUGCAUGAAUUCUUUACAGAUCAGCAAACGCGCGAAAGUUUGAACAGAUCAAUUAUUUCUAAAGAGAAAAAUAGUAUAAGUUAGGCAAGAAAUCAGUUCCUUUCCAUAAAAACUUUAAAAUGAGUUUGUUUAACAUGUCAGUUUUUAAUAGAACUGACAAAAUAAACGAAUAUUGAUGUUUAAGACGGAAGAAUGCAAUUUGUAUUUUUGCCUUUGAACGGGAGAGUGCAAUUUGUAUUUCCCCAUUUUAGCAUUAAUCCUGUCUUUGGUUUGAUUUGAUAUUUAUUAGUGUUUAUAGUUUCCUUGUAAACUCCAAUAGUGUGAUAAAUAAAUAAUAAAAUCCAG